AUGGCUGCCCUCAAAUCUUCGCUAUGGAUUAUUGGUUCUAUUAUCACAGCUGCGCUUGGCAUGCAGCUAAAUUGCACCACGAAUCGGUUGGACGUUUGUGAACUUCACAACAUCGUUAUCACCGAAUACACUGAUGUGUCUGAAUGGGAGUUUCCAGAUCACCAUGAUUUACAAUUCGGUGGUUACCCAAUGUCAGAUGACACCACGCUCGUGACAGCCAUAACCAAAGAUGUCGCAGAAAAGUUAACCAAUGCUCAGACAAUCCAAAUGCAAAAUGUGUCUCUAAUGUCAUUCUACCUGUGGGAGCAUCUUCUAGGUUUGGAUGCUGCUUAUAAUUACCUUCCUGAGUUGAUUGUGGAACCUGACACUGUGUAUAACCUGAAAUCUCUAAACCUGAAACAUAAUCGCCUUCAGAGCAUCGAUUUCAUAAAAGGCCUGUACAAACUCCGUGACCUUGAUCUAAGCAAUAACUACUUGGAAAAGAUCGAUCUUUCCAUCUUUGAUGCAGCCAAAGAUUUAACCACAUUGAAAUUGUCCCACAACCGCAUUCGAAUCAUCACGACCGUUGGAGAUUUGCUUCAUUUACCGCGCCUUGCCGUGCUGAUGCUGAACAACAACCAAUUACACAUUCUGGACGCCAGUCAGUGGCAAUUUAACGUUCUUCAGGAUCUGUUCCUGUCCAACAACCGGCUGUCCUACAUUAGCAUGUGUGAAGUGCAAAGUUCUUUCCCCCGGCUCCAGACACUCUACCUGGACGGCAACAAUUGGGAAUGCUCGAACCUUAAUAAUACCAUGGCUCAGUUACACCAAUCCAGCAUCAAGGUGAUCAACUAUAGCGAUCACAAUUGUACGGCAGCCGUGGAAAACAUUUGCUGCUUCUAAUCUUUUCUAACAUCUUCGGAGGUCACUACCGCCGCCGGUUGUCAUUUCGGUUGAACCGGUCCGGGUGCCAACAAACGACAUAGUUAUUAAACCGAUAAUAAUCAUCCAUUCGGAAU